GGAUCGAGUUCCCGUAAUGCGGCCGUUCUCUGGCGCUGCUCCGACCGCUUGUGUCGCUUAUACUGCCUGGGAGCUGCUGGCUGACGAAAUCCCGGUUUCGUGAAAAAUCUUGCUCUGCGGUCCCUUCCCUCCACGCAAACAUGGCAGACGAAGAAGCGAUCUUUGAUCCAAGUUUGAAGAAAAAGAAAAAGAAGAAGACCGGUUUCAACUUAGAUGCAGCAUUAGCAGAUGGCAGUGGCACAGCCGUUACAGAGCCAGCACCAGCUGGCCCUGAAAAUGAGGUCUCUGAGGCCCCUAAGGAAGACACACCAGAUAUGGAUGAUAUGGAGAUGUUUGGAAAGAAGAAAGGCAAGAAAAAGAAGUCGAAGCCUUUCAGCAUGGAUGACAUGAACGACGCUCUCCCCGAGACCAAGGAAGGAGCCGCCCCAGAAAGCGAGGAGAAGGACCCCGCCCUGGCGGAAAUGGACGAGUUCGACCUUGACAUCAACUUCAGCAAAGCCAAGAAAAAGAAAAGCAAAAAGAAGAAGGACCUGGAUGUCCUCAUCGCCGAGCAGGAGGACGCCUCCAUGGACGGAGAUGAUAAGGAUUUUGAAACAGGGGACGGAUGGUCUGGCUCUGAGAGGGACUAUACUUACGAUGAGCUCCUGGAACGUGCUUUUAAUCAGCUCCGAGAAAAGAACCCAGAAAUGGCAACCGGAGAGAAGAAGAAAUUCGUCAUGAAGCCACCGCAGGUUGUAAGAAUUGGAUCUAAGAAAACUGCAUUUGCCAACUUCUCAGAAAUUUGCCGCUUACUACAUAGAAUGCCAAAGCAUUUACUUCAGUUCUUACUGGCUGAGUUAGGUACCUCUGGAAGUAUUGAUGGAAAUAAUCAGUUGAUCAUCAAAGGCAGAUUCCAGCAAAAACAAAUUGAAAAUGUUCUUAGGCGAUAUAUCAAGGAAUACGUUACCUGCCAUACUUGCCGCUCCCCGGACACAAUCCUCCAGAAAGAUGCUCGACUUUAUUUCCUGCAGUGUGAGCAGUGUAACUCCCGAUGCUCUGUUGCACCCAUCAAGUCUGGUUUCCAGGCCGUGGCCAACAAGCAACAGAGACAGGCCAUCAGAGCCAGCAAGAAUUAGCAUCCAAAUAUAUAUAUAUAUAUAUACGGUUAACAACUUUCUUUCUUGUUCUCCACUUUUCUUCUUUCUCUGGUGAUGUUUUUUAUAGUUUUUGACCUUAUUUUUUAAAAAUGCUGUUACAACAUAAAGGUUAUAUUUUAAACCGUACACAAAGUAAACUAUUACUAGUUUUCAAAAUAUUCUAUACAAGUAUCCUAGUAUUGACCUUACCAUGGAUUCUUAGAUCAAAGAGGAAGAGCAAGUGGCAUGGCUUCCUCUUGCUGUCUCUUGUGUGUUGUUUUGGAGGUGUACUAUCAAUAAUAAGAUUUUUUCAUAGGUACUUGUUAUACCCAUUGACUCUGAAAGAUCUUACCAGCUUAACAGUUAUCACAGGAAUAAAAUUUGCCUGGGUAGAACGGAAUUUGAUUGCCCUUUUUCCGAUGUUGUACCAUUAUAGUUUGUUUGCUUUGGGAUUUCCUGUUUUAUUGAUGUACUUUUUCCCAGAUAACAUUGUAACUCAAAAGGGUUUUGGGGCUAACAUGCUGUACAUCAACUUCUCACGUGAAUCUGUCAUGUUGACAACAGAAUCAGAUAAAAACUAAAACAUCUAAAACCACCUUGUGAUGAAAAAUAUUUCUCGUUUGUGAUUUGGAAGCAUGCAUUUAGGGUUUAAGUUUCUUAAACACACUCUUAUUUGUGUUUUUGCCAGCAGAAGUAGAUCGAAUUUGUGCUAUGUGACGCAUAAAUGAUACAGGACAAGAGUCCCACUGCUUUAAUGCAAAACCUGUUAAUUGUGCCUAUUUAACUGGAAAUGUACUCUGAUGCAUCCCAACUACCGCUAGACCAUGAAAACCAUAAGUAUUCAAUGUAUUUGUAGUUAAUUUAAUCUCGUUUCUGUGUAAUCGUUCUAAACAGUCCUAAAGUGUCAUGUCCUUAAAAAAAAUAUUGACAGGCUGGUACUAUUUUUAAAAAUUUCUUCAGACAUAGAUUACCAAAUGAUUAUUGUCAACUGUCAACCUGUCAUCAGCUAUCACCAACUUGUCAAGUGCAUCUUCUCCUUGAUGAUAAAAUUAAGAUUAGGUACUUCACCAGACACGCGCACUUGAUUAAACACGAACGUACAUAUGUAUGUGUGUAUAUGCAGAAGGAAGUUGUCUUCUCCAUCAAAGAUCACUUAUUGAUAAAUUCAGAGGGAAAGUG